GCCAAAAACUACCUUCACGAACACAGUAAUUUUUUUGCACAGAUCUCCAAGGAACCCCAUAUAUAAUUCUUAAAUGGCCCAAAGAACCGCUUCGAUUCUAAAGAAUUUCGUCUCCGGUAACCCAUCACAUCUCCGAUCAUGCCUACGCUCCAUCACCUACAUGCCGCGACCCGGAUACAACGGUUCAAGACCCGUUACACCCAUCACCGAAGAGGGUAGACCAAGACCCGUUACUCUAAUCCCUGGAGACGGGAUCGGCCCCUUGGUCACCGGCGCCGUUGAACAGGUCAUGGACACAAUGCGGGCGCCGGUUUCCUUUGAGAAAUUUGAGGUUCAUGGCAACAUGAGCGGGAUACCUCAAGAGGUUAUGGAUUCGAUUAAGAAGAAUAAAGUUUGUUUGAAGGGCGGAUUGAUUACGCCGGUGGGUGGAGGGGUUAGCUCGUUGAAUGUUAUGUUGAGGAAAGAAUUGGAUCUGUUUGUUUCCCUUGUGAAUUGCUUUAAUUUGCCUGGGUUGCCUACAAGGCACGAUAAAGUCGAUAUCGUGGUCAUCAGGGAGAAUACGGAGGGGGAGUAUUCGGGUUUGGAGCAUGAGGUUGUUCCUGGUGUCGUUGAGAGUCUUAAGGUGAUAACAAAGUUCUGUUCUGAACGUAUUGCAAAAUACGCAUUUGAGUAUGCACACCUGAACAACAGAAAGACUGUGACAGCCGUUCAUAAAGCAAACAUCAUGAAGCUUGCGGAUGGUCUUUUCUUGGAAUCUUGUAGAGAGAUUGCGAAAAAAUAUCCUGAUAUCAAGUACAAUGAAAUCAUUGUGGACAACUGCUGCAUGCAACUUGUUUCAAAGCCUGAGCAGUUUGAUGUCAUGGUGACACCUAACCUUUACGGAAACCUGGUUGCAAACACGGCUGCUGGCAUCGCUGGCGGCACAGGAGUCAUGCCUGGAGGAAAUGUUGGGACUGAGUACGCGAUCUUUGAGCAAGGUGCAUCAGCUGGGAAUGUUGGGAAACCGAAAAUGGUUGAGAAGAAGAGAGCAAACCCCGUGGCCCUGCUCCUCUCGUCAGCCAUGAUGCUCAGACACCUCCAGCUUCCGGAAUAUGCAGAUCGCCUAGAAACUGCAGUGAAACGCGUUAUUUGUGAGGGAAAAUACCGCACAAAAGAUCUUGGAGGAAGUAAUACAACUCAAGAGGUUGUUGAUGCUGUCAUAUCCGCACUCGAAUCAUAAGGCGUAAGCUGCACCAUUUUUCGUUUUUCUCUGGUCUGACCGUGCUUAUUAUUCUUCAUUUGCAUGUAACUAGUUGCUAGAUUUUCUUUCUACCAAAGGUGACAAUGGUUUUUAUGAAUAAGUCGAUCCACAAAGCGCAACCUGUAAAGGAUAGCGAUCGGUUUUUUUUGUUUUCAUGGCUAUACGAAUCAACGGCUCAAAGUCGCGGCUUUAAUUUGCCAAGUAUCUUGUUGCAUUCUGAAAGUGAAUUACCCUGUAGAUCAAGAAGUAAUAAACAUUGAAGUUAACAGA